GCUCGCCGCCGGCGCCAGCACGUCCUGCUUUCGUUGUUGGAUGGCGGACUCUGGGGUGGCUGCUUCGUGCUAGUCCUCUCCUCGCUGGGCGAGCCGACGGCGACGCGCGUGUAUCCAUUGUCAGCUGCUUCCGCGAAGCGUCCGGGAACGUUGUCCUGCAGCCGGCAGCAUGGGCCGGGAGUCGCGCCAUUACCGGAAACGAUCAGCGUCACGUGGACGCUCUGGAAGUCGAUCUAGGAGCCGCUCACCUUCAGACAAAAGAAGUAAACGUGGAGAUGACAGACGAUCAAGAAGCAGAGAUAGAGAUAGAAGGAGAGAAAGGUCUCGAAGUAGGGAUAAAAGAAGAUCUCGGUCAAGGGAUCGGAAGCGUCUGAGGCGUUCCAGAAGUCGAGAGAGAGAGAGAAGUAGAGAUCGAAGGAGAUCUCGAAGUCGAGACAGAAGACGCUCAAGAAGUAGAAGCCGUGGCCGACGAUCUCGAUCUUCAAGUCCUGGCAAUAAAAGCAAGAAAACUGAAAAUAGAAGGUCUAGAUCCAAAGAGAAAACAGAUAGUGGGGAAAGUUCUAAAGAGAAGAAAAAAGACAAAGAUGACAAGGAAGAUGAAAAAGAAAAAGAUGCUGGCAACUUUGACCAGAAUAAGCUGGAGGAAGAAAUGAGAAAACGAAAAGAAAGAGUUGAAAAAUGGCGAGAAGAGCAACGUAAAAAGGCCAUGGAAAACAUAGGAGAACUAAAAAAGGAAAUUGAAGAGAUGAAACAAGGGAAAAAAUGGAGUUUAGAAGAUGAUGAUGAUGAUGAAGAUGAUCCUGCAGAAGCAGAAAAGGAAGGAAGUGAAAUGGAGGGUGAAGAGUUAGAUCCAUUAGAUGCUUACAUGGAAGAAGUGAAAGAAGAAGUAAAAAAGUUUAAUAUGAGAAGUGUCAAAGGUGGUGGUGGAAAUGAAAAGAAGUCUGGGCCAACGGUAACGAAAGUUGUUACUGUUGUGACAACGAAGAAAGCAGUAAUAGAUUCUGAUAAGAAGAAAGGUGAGCUGAUGGAGAAUGAUCAGGAUGCCAUGGAGUAUUCUUCAGAGGAAGAAGAAGUCGAUCUCCAGACAGCCCUUACAGGCUAUCAGACAAAACAAAGAAAGCUUUUAGAACCAGUAGAUCAUGGAAAAAUCGAGUAUGAGCCCUUCAGAAAAAACUUUUACGUUGAAGUUCCAGAACUAGCAAAAAUGUCCCAAGAGGAGGUGAAUGUAUUUCGAUUAGAAAUGGAGGGCAUUACUGUCAAAGGAAAAGGUUGUCCCAAACCAAUUAAAUCUUGGGUCCAGUGUGGAAUUUCUAUGAAGAUCUUAAAUUCUCUCAAAAAGCACGGAUAUGAAAAGCCCACACCAAUCCAAACUCAAGCAAUCCCUGCUAUAAUGUCUGGACGAGAUUUGAUUGGUAUUGCCAAGACAGGAAGUGGAAAAACUAUUGCUUUUCUGUUGCCUAUGUUUAGACACAUCAUGGAUCAGAGAUCAUUAGAAGAAGGAGAGGGGCCUAUAGCUGUCAUCAUGACUCCAACUCGAGAACUGGCUCUACAAAUUACUAAAGAAUGUAAGAAGUUUUCAAAGACCUUGGGACUUAGAGUGGUCUGUGUGUAUGGAGGCACAGGAAUUAGUGAGCAGAUUGCUGAGCUGAAAAGAGGUGCUGAAAUUAUUGUUUGUACACCUGGUCGAAUGAUUGACAUGUUAGCAGCUAACAGUGGUCGGGUCACAAAUCUACGAAGAGUGACGUAUGUUGUUUUAGAUGAAGCAGACAGAAUGUUUGACAUGGGUUUUGAACCACAGAUUGUGAUUGAAGAAGAAAAGAAAUUCUUAAAGUUACUUGAGCUUCUUGGCCAUUAUCAAGAAUCUGGAGCUGUCAUUAUAUUUGUGGAUAAGCAGGAGCAUGCUGAUGGUCUUCUGAAGGAUUUAAUGAGAGCUUCUUAUCCUUGCAUGUCUCUUCAUGGAGGCAUCGAUCAAUAUGACAGAGAUAGCAUCAUAAAUGACUUUAAGAAUGGCACCUGCAAACUUCUUGUGGCCACCUCUGUUGCUGCUCGAGGUCUAGAUGUAAAACAUUUGAUUCUUGUAGUAAACUACAGCUGCCCCAACCAUUAUGAAGACUAUGUGCACAGAGCAGGACGGACUGGAAGAGCAGGCAACAAAGGCUAUGCAUAUACUUUUAUCACUGAAGAUCAAGCUCGCUAUGCAGGUGACAUAAUUAAAGCUCUUGAAUUGUCUGGGACUACGGUUCCUCCUGAUCUAGAGAAACUUUGGAGUGACUUCAAAGAUCAGCAAAAGGCUGAAGGUAAAAUAAUUAAAAAGAGUAGUGGGUUCUCUGGUAAGGGAUUCAAGUUUGAUGAAACAGAACAAGCUUUGGCUAAUGAGAGAAAGAAAUUACAAAAAGCGGCUCUUGGACUGCAAGAUUCAGAUGAUGAGGAUGCUGCUGUUGAUAUUGAUGAGCAAAUUGAAAGCAUGUUUAAUUCAAAGAAGAGAGUGAAGGAUAUGGCUGCUCCUGGAACAUCCAGCAUUCCUGUUCCUACUGCAGGAAAUGCUGAGAAACUAGAAAUUGCUAAAAGACUGGCUCUUCGAAUCAAUGCCCAGAAGAAUUUGGGCAUUGAGUCUCAGGAUGUGAUGCAACAAGCCACCAAUGCAAUUCUCCGAGGUGGCACCAUUUUGGCUCCUACUGUAUCUGCCAAAACAAUCGCAGAACAACUUGCUGAAAAAAUCAAUGCCAAGCUCAAUUACGUGCCUUUGGAGAAACAAGAAGAAGAGAGACAAGAUGGUGGGCAAAACGAAUCUUUUAAGAGAUACGAGGAAGAAUUAGAGAUCAAUGAUUUCCCUCAGACUGCGAGGUGGAAAGUUACCUCUAAGGAAGCUCUGCAGAGAAUCAGUGAAUAUUCUGAAGCUGCAAUUACAAUCAGAGGAACAUAUUUCCCACCUGGCAAAGAACCUAAGGAAGGAGAGCGGAAAAUUUACUUGGCAAUUGAAAGUGCCAAUGAACUGGCUGUGCAGAAAGCAAAGGCAGAAAUCACCAGGCUCAUAAAAGAAGAACUGAUUCGUUUGCAAAACUCAUACCAACCAACAAAUAAAGGAAGAUACAAAGUCUUAUAAAACAUCUGGAAAAUACUUUUACUUGUGCUGGUCUGUGAUACAUGUGGCUGUUUUCUGCGAUUACAAUGUAUUGUAAAUUAAGAUUUUUUUAAAACACUGUCUUGCUGAUUUUUUUUUUGAUACAAGAAACCAGUAUUUGCUAAAGAAAUCUUUCAGUAAGUACCCCCAGAAUUAUCAAGCUAUUUAAAGCAGGCCUGUUUUCAUAGUAGGUCCUUUAAUAUAAAGCUUAUAUCAAUAUCUGGAUAACAUUCCCAACAUUUCAAAGAGAAAGGAAACAUAUGUGCUGCCUGUUUAAUGGUAAUAAAAUACACAAAUUGCUAAGGGACUGUUCACUUAUCCUCUUGAAAUGAAAUGUAACCAUCUCCUCAGAAAAGGUAAAAUCCUUUAAUAUUCUGUCUUCCCUACUUUGAAUUCCAUGUAACAUUAUGAACUGGAUUUAAGAAUGUUAUAAAACCCAUUUUUACAAAGCAA